AUGUCAAAUGUCCUGCGACCAUAUCUCGCAGCAGUUCGGUCGACACUGACCGCUGCGUUGACGCUUGAAGACUUCGCUUCGCAGGUCGUAGAGCGACACAACAAGCCAGAAGUCGAGGUCGGAUGGUCGAAGGAAGUGCUGCUCAACCCGCUGAUCAUCUCGCGAAACGAGAAUGAACGCGUGCUGAUAGAGCCGUCUAUUAACUCGAUUAGACUGAGCAUCAAGAUCAAGCAGGCGGAUGAGAUUGAAAGGAUUCUAUGUCACAAGUUCACCCGAUUUAUGAUGCAAAGAGCGGAGAGCUUCAUCGUGCUGCGGAGAAAACCAGUGAAGGGCUAUGAUAUCUCGUUUCUGAUCACGAACAACCACACUGACACCAUGCUGAAGCACAAGAUCGUGGAUUUCAUCACUCAGUUUAUGGAAGAAGUAGACAAGGAGAUCAGUGAGAUGAAGCUGAGCCUAAAUGCGCGUGCUCGUGUUGUCGCCGAGUCUUACCUCACCGCUUUUAAUUCAUGA